AUGAGCGAGCUCCGCCCGUUGCGUGGCGGCUGCCAGUGCGGUCGGAACCGUUACAUCAUCGCCGUGCCUGAAGACGGCAUCCACGACGCGCAAGUGCUCUUCAACACCGAGCCCGUUCACCAGAUCCCCUUGGCCACACCGCUCGCCGCCUUCAUCCGCGUACCGCUCUCGUGGUACCACAGCACCACGUUCGCCUUCUUCCCCGACGAGACGCAUAGCAUGAUCCGCCGCGUGUACACGCACCCCAGCCAGCAGCACUCGAAGCGGCACUUCUGCGGCUUCUGCGGCACCCCGCUGUCGUACUGGUCCGAGGACCCCGUCAGCGAGGCCGAAUACAUCAACCUCACGCUCGGCAGCCUGCUGCGGGAGGAUCUGCGCGACCUCGAAGACAUGGGCCUCAUCCCGGAUGAGAGCGAGGCCGAGGAUGCGAGCGAGGCGGCCGAGGCGGCUCCGGCGACGAGGGGCACGGCCCUGCGGGAGUCCUUUGGCGUCCCCUGGUUCGACGGCAUGGUCGAGGGCACAAGGCUGGGCAAGCUGCGGCGCAGCCAAGGGGUGAAACAAUCACAAGACGGCCACGUCAUGGUGAGUUGGGAGGUGGUCGAAUACACGGAAGGCGACGACGGGAGCGACCUGGACAUGGAGGUGGCAUCCACAUCGUCGGGGAAGCGGAAGCUGGGGGACCUUGGCCACUAA